GUUUGCUUUAGAUCUGGAACUCUAUAGGUACAGCGGCGUGAAUAUGACUGGAUUUCGCCUGCUGAAGACUGACAACCCAGAUGUGUCGUCCAUCAUUGAGAAGUGGUCCAUGGAGAGACUGCAGGCCCCACCCAGGCCCAAGACAGGCCUUCUGGAUGGCGUGAUGACGACUGAAGCAGCUCUGAUGUACGAUGCUGUCUACAUGAUGGCCAUCGCCUCCCACCGGGCCUCCCAGCUGACCGUCAGCUCCCUGCAGUGCCACCGACACAAGCCUUGGCGCCUUGGGCCCAGAUUUAUGAACCUGAUCAAAGAGGCAAGUGCUGCUCCUCACUUCGGCUUAGCACUGUUUGCGUCGUCCAUCUGGUGUGGUGCUUCCCGCUUGGUUCUGCGGGCGUGAAGUCUGUAGGGAGGGGAAGCUGGGACUUGGGUGGUAAAAGUUGGUCUAGAAGAACUGCCAGGAAUGUUCCAGCGUGAUG